AUGUCUGCGUACGGCGCUAUCCAAAGGACUGCCAGUUUAGAGCCGCUCGCCUCCACAGUAUGGCACCUCAAGGACAAAGGGCAUGGCGAACACGACAAUGUCACGAUCCAUCACCUUACCCUCUCCCGUGCACGAUCUCUGUCGGGUCUCGUAGAGUACCUGCAUGCAGUCUUUGCUGACGAGCUUGCGCGGGGGCUGACGUAUCCGCAAGAAAUCCUGCCGGGCGAGACAUACACCCAGGAGACGUUCGAGGCGUACUACUUCGCCGCAGACGUCUUGGUUGCCGUUCAGGGCGAGUCGGAAAAUACGCUCUCGUUCGAACAUCCGGAGGGACAGGCCGUAUCUUAUGGGAUCGACGCCGCGCGAAAUGGGCGGCGAUGGGAAGCUUGCAUUGCAGGAUGUUACUAUGUGAAACCCAACUAUCCUGGUCGGUCGUCGCAUAUCUGCAACGCCGGCUUCCUCGUUCCCGUCUCCCAGCGCGCAAAGGGCGUCGGCGCGGCGCUCGCGCGCUCGUUCCUGCACUACGCACCGCGGCUCGGGUACGAAGCGAGCGUGUUCAACCUCGUCUUUGUCAACAACACUGCCAGCGUCCGUCUCUGGGAGAGCCUGAAUUUCACCAAGGCAGGGCUGAUCCCGCGUGCGGGGCGGCUGAAGAAAGCGGACGGGAGCCCGGAUGAGGAGUAUCGAAUCGUUACACACCUUCGGUACCACACGAACGCUAGAAAGUGUGCGCACAACGCCCCGCAGCCAGCAAUCCUGAACAAGCAGGACCAGAGAAAGGGGCAGAGCGACGUACAGAAUGUGGCGCAGAUCAACGACAAUGGCGACGCCGGCCACAUAGAUGUGCUCGCCGAAGGCCUACAACUCACACCUACUCCGAGCCCUGAACCGCGCACCCCGAGACCCAGACCCCGCUUCCUCGAGCGCAGCUACGGGCCAAGUCCAGGGGCGCUCCCGCCCGACGCAGUGUUCAUGUUGAAGACGCCACGGCUGCCACCGGAUGUACAGCCGGAGAGCGCGUCGGCAUGUCGUCCUGCAGCCGCCGAGCGCCACGCCGCCGCUCAUCGUGCGGCCACGCCCUCUCCCAUCGCUCGACCGCCCGUCUUCUUCCCUCCGGCCGCCGCGCCACUUGGAGGGCAGAGCCGGCCACAAGUGGCUGUGGCUGGCCCCAGCAGGCCACUGACAGACAGGCCACCUGUCUUCACACUACCAAGCAAGCCGGAUGCGCCUGCAUUGGCACCGCCGCGGACACAGGGUCUUGUGGCGGCCCCCGCGGAUGCAGCAGAAGCUGCUGCGAACGCGCCCGCCCCAGUCUCCCAGCCCAGCCGGUCCCACCGGCGUAAUUCUGACCCCGCGGCGGAGGAGGUCCUCGAGCACGGAGUGACCACCAUGGGGGAGCAUGCCCAGCGGGACCUGGGCUACUUCCAGCGGUCACGUGCGCUCUGCGAGCAAGCCGGCGACCAGUUGUACACCAUCCUGGAUCUCCGCAAGCAGGUUUUCCAGGAGAAGGCGCUGCGUAUCAGGAUGCUGACGUACAUCCUGCGGUGGCAGAAAAUCGAGUCCCUCUGGUCGGAGGAGGCGCUCGGCGAGCACGUCGAGGACAUACUCGCGGAGGACGGCAACGCGUCGGCGGCCCUUCAGGGUGAAAUCGAGGCGAUCCAGGAAGCGAUCGCUAAGGCGGACGGAGAAGGCGCUGAGGGCGCGAAGAAUGCGUCGCGAUUACGAUCAGAACGCGCAAGGGAUGGGCAGCAUACGCCCGUCCUCGAUCAGAGGAUACUGCAGCAAAUCGCCGACGCGGUCAGAGACCCAGUCGGGUUGCUAGGAAAUGCCACACAAAAACGCCGCCGAUCUGAAGAGGACGGCGAAGACGACGAGCCCCAGGGGAGCAAGCGGGCCCGCUCGUCUGCACCUCGCGCGGGGCCAUCGCAAUUCGAUGUGGCCGCACCUCCGAAUCUCAGCAAGGGGAAAGGCAAGGCGAGGAUGAUGAGCCCCCUGCAAGAGGAGCCCGAGGAGGCGAACGUGGAAGAAGAGCAGGAGUGUGCGACGGUGAUCGCGAUGCUGGGGAUCCUGCUGUCAGACAGCGAGGAGGAGGAAGGGGAGGAGGACGGAGAGGAUGACGACGACGACAAUGUGCCUGCUCUAGUGGCGCCGGUCCAAGACGCGCCACCGCCACGGCAGCCUAGCCCGCCGAUCGACAGACCUGUGCGCCCCGUCCCACGUCGGUCGCCGAGCAUCGGGCCGGCACGACAACCGCAGUCGCAGCCAGCGUAUCGCCAAAGCACACGUCUUCGCGCGAGGACGAACGGUCGGGCGUGA